GAGACCUAACCUAUAAAACAAGUUUAAAACCCAACCGAUGGUAUUCUGAGACAGUGUAUAAACAUAGUCUGAAAACUUGAAAAGUUCUUCCCUGUCAGUCCGACUGUCAGACUCUACGAAAAAUUUGUUCUCUUGCUCGACUUUUAAAGCUGUUUCAAGCAGAACGUUAGAACUUCAGUGACACAAAUAUUGCAUUCUCAUUUCAAGUUCCACGUUUCAUGUUUGGCACUCCAUUAUUAAAUAUUUGAUCGACCUGUAUUCUAAUCUAAUAUAAUUAACGAUUCUAUUUUUAUGAGCUGCUCCUCACUAACACUCAUACGUAAAGUGGAAUCAGAAUAAAUGCAAACAAAUGAAAGUGUCUGAAAAUUUCAUAUUUUAUGACACGUUGUCGUCGCGUUGAUUUCUUAAUUACAAUAUGCCGAGGAAAAAUAAGGGAGGCCUGCUGGCCAGGGUUAAUUUUCCCUUGUACACAAUUCAAAUUUUGACAAGUAGGCAUAUUCUCGUCGGUGGUGGAGGAGGUUCCGCAAAAACUGGAGUGGCAAAUGGAUUCGAAAUCUUUGAAUUAUCGCAUGAUGGAGUUCAAUUUAUUGCUGAAGAAGUAACCCGACAUGAAACAGGACCUAGUGUUGUGAUGAAUUGUGCCACCUAUAAUGAUGGAAAGAAUACGUGGAUAGUAGCAGGUCAAGAAAGUCACUGCCAAUUAUACAGCGUACACUCAAGAGUUGUAACAUUAGAAAAUGGAGAUAUUCCGAAAAAAUCGGGAAUUCCUAAUCCGGAAGGCCUUAGACAACGAAAAAAGAGCGAAAGGAGCGAGGAAAAUAUAAGAAACAAUGCCGAAAGGGUAGAAGAAAUCAAGGAUACGAAUUUUAAUGUUAAGAGCAAAAAGUUGCAGUUGAUUGUCAAGUCUAUGGAUAGUAUUCAGACAGAUUUCGGAGAAAAAGAAGCUCUCCAGAGAAUUGUGCGAGUGAGUCCUUCUGGAAAAGUUAUGGUCACCGGAGGAACUGAUGGUCGCGUCAGAAUCUGGAAAUUCCCCCAGCUGCUCAAACUUCACGAUAUGGAAGCACAUACCAAGGAAAUAGACGAUAUGGACUUCAAUCCUGAUGGAAAUCUCCUCGCCUCAAUAGCCAAAGACGGCCGAGCUGUUCUCUGGGAUGUGACAACUGGUACGAAAAAUAAGGAACUCACCUGGAAUCCUCCAGGAAAUGCAAAAUACUUGUACAAAAGAUGCCGGUUCAGUAUGUCCGAGGAGAAAACUCCCAAGACCCAAUUGUUCACUCUGUCGAAUGCAGCUGUUGGGAAAAAUCCUAGUUAUCUUCAACUUUGGGACACAGAAGCCGGGCUUAUUGUCAAAUCCGUGUCGUUCCGCGAAACUUUGUCAGCCUUGGCUGUGUCAGAUAAUGGCCGAUUUGUGGCUGUUGGAACGAUGUUCUCCGGAAGUGUUGAUAUUUUCAUAGCCUUUAGCUUGCAGAGGGUUCUUCAUGUUGCUGGUGCUCACAGCAUGUUCGUGACUGGCCUUGAAUUUCUGCCAACGAGAAAUGACGGUCCGGCGAUAACGAGCAAUGCCGAGACUGCCGUUGUUAGCAUUUCAGUCGACAACAGAAUUUGUGUACACAGCUUGCCGUUUAGAUAUACAGUACCAAUUUGGGUGGUGAUCGUCUGCAUAAUUUUGAGUAUUUUCUGUGCAUUUGUUUUCUGCAGCUACAUGGGAAUAUGACCCAAAAAAUUAAUAAUCACAUCGACAAAUCUUCACGCUGCAAAUCUUAGGAACUUUUUACUGGCAAAUGAAAUUUAAUAUUUAUUAAAAGGCCAUGGAUUUAAAGCUCAGCACGAAAAAUGAUCAUCGUAAGUCUUAAAGAACAUUAAAUUAUCUCGGGGAUGUGUUAGCUGUAGUUGUGUUUUCAGAUUUUCCAAUUUUCAAUAUUCACGGGAAAUGAUGCAAAUUUUUAUAAAUCCCUUUUUCAUUUCUGAAGACACAAUUAUUGUAAAUAAUAAGCAUUUAUAUUGAUCUCCGCAGGCGUAUUCAUAUAUAUUGCGAAAUACAGAUUCUUAAUAGAAAAUCUUGAAUUAUUAUGUAAAAUAGAAUUGUAUAGUUUUAAUGGAAAGUUUAGCACAAUUUAGGUUUAAGAAAAUAAUGUAUAGGUACGUCCUAUGUGAUUUGUGUGAAAAUAUAUUCAUGAUGUCCCAUUUUUCUUUCGUGACAGCUUAGAUUGAAAUGAGAAAGAAGAUUUAAUUCUUUUAGUGAGAACAUUAUUUUUAAUAGAUUCUGACGAAUGCAUCAAUUAAUAUAAAAUACUUGUAUAUGGAAUUGUUUCCUUAAAAUUUCUGAUUGGUCAAUCAAUCGUUAUGUACUUUAUAGCUGAAAUAAAUUGCUAUUACGUUU